UAGUGUCGUUAACUGUAGCUAGCUAACGUUAGUGUUUCACGCGAAACCACUUGCUGUCAAUUUAGGUUAGCUGGUGGAGAUAGUUUAGAUGUCACAGUUAAUAUGUUAGCUAGUUCAAUGUUGGAAUAUAUGGGGGUUUAUUCUGCAAUACUAUGUAGUUAGUUACUAGUUAGAUAACUGAGGUGGUGUGUUUUGAAAAGUUGCUAGCUAGAUCUAAAUGRCGAGUUAGCUAUGUAGCUACAUUUCCUUUAAAAAGAUGGCGUACUGGUCUGCUCUGAUUGGCUUAAAUGGGAACCCAGGGGAAAGGUUGAUUUGAUCAGCUGGUCUCUGCAGAUAUCGGACUUCUACAAACAAUGUAGCUAGCAAAAGUGCUGAUUGUCAGCGGUGCUGGAGGAGAAAACAACGGCACCCUGACCUCAUCUUUACCCGGCUUCUUACCGAGAAUUCGUUGCCAAACUACAUCACCGGCGCUGUCUAGUAUUGCUGUCAAAUCAAAUGCAAUAGUGAUAGACGGUGUUACACCUCCUUUGUCGCUUUUCUUUCACAUUGUGCUUUUACAUUUCAGUGAUGCGAAAGCGAAAUAACUCGCUCACCGUGGACCAUGACAGCUCUUCCACCAACACAUUGCUUGACAGCAGUCCGGAUUUAAACUACUGUCACAAGAGAGGGGAAGGGGUUCCUGAGCCUUGUGUACCAUCUAGGUCGGAAUCGGACAAAACAAUGGGCAGACCAUUUCGAAGGGUGUGCUGUUUGGGCCUAGUAUCUGUCAGGGACUUCACCCUCCAUGUGGGAUAUGGCCUAAUGGGCAGAUUGAAGAGGAUCCUCCUGUGGGUGCUGGGAGUCUACAUAACCAUCCCCUUCAUCGUCAAACUAUGCCCCUCCAUUCAGGCAAAACUAGUCUUUUUAAAUUUUGUGCGGCUGCCCUAUUUCAUUGACUUGAAAAGGCCACAAGACCAUGGCUUGAACCACACCUUUAACUUCUACCUGCAGCCAGAGACUGGUGUCAACAUUGGUGUAUGGUAAGAAGACAUGUGCACACACCAGCUGCUUGGCUAAGACUGUGUGGGAUGGAUCUCGUACUUUCUUUCUCGCUCUCUACUUUCACAUAUCAAGUCAAUGAUGACACAGGUGACAAUAGGAAAAAUAAUAAUACUCAAUGAGUAGUAACCAGUAACAGGACACUUCAGGAAGAAAUGAUUUAGGACAAUAAUGAAAUGGUGAGAAAGAUACAAGUAGCAAUGUUGCUGCUCUGGUUGGUCAUUCCACUGGCUGUCCCUAYGGGUGUGGCAGGAAGCUACAUAUUUUGCAGCUAAUAUGGCAUAAAGGUUUUUUUGUUCCAGGAGAUAUUGGAUUUUCUCCUUUUCUGUUUUCAAAGUAUUUGUUUUAGAUUCUGGGUAAGAAAAUUGCCUGCAUSUCUGUAUAGUUCUCGCAGUGUAGGAGAAAAUGCAGCUCUGUCUUGGCCUUUCUGAGGGCAGAGUGUGACGGUCAGUUUCUAUUGCCAGGCCGUGCUCACUUAGUCUGUACGUAGUCAGUGUUUUUCUCCGUUUUCUAUCAGUCRCGGUGGUAAUAUAGUCUGCCACCAUGUACUGUCUGUUUAGRGCCAAAUAGCAUUGACGUUUACUUAUAUUUUUUGUGGUGUCUUUCCAAUAGGUGAGCUUUUUAUUUUUACUUYGUGAUGAUUUGGUUGGGACAGGUUUUCUGAGUGCUGUCCUGAGGCUUUGUUGGGUAGGUAGGGGUUAGUGAACUGAGCCAGCUGGCUGAGGACUCAUUUCUAUGGUCAUCUCUUGGCUUUURAGGGCUUUGUAAUGGUAUGAGUGGUGGUCACUUGUUUUUCUAAAUGAUAACAUUUGGUGGCUCUUUUCUUGGAUAUUAAUCAGAAGAGGGAAUUGGCCUAAUUCUGYUCUGCAUGCGUUUGGAGUUGUUUYCUCUGUACUCUGAGGAUGCUCUUACAGAAUUCCUCAUGCUGGGUUUCAGUUGGGGUGUUUGUCCCAUUUGUCAUUCUUGCUUUGUAAACAGACCCCACACUUCACUGCCAUAUAGUGMAAUUGGUUCUAUUAUUGAUUAGAAUAUUUUGACCCAGAUGUUAAUUGCUGUUUAAUUUAAUAGAUUGUUCAAUGGCAUAGAAAGCCCUCCUUCCUUUCUUUCAGUUCAUUCACGGCCAAGUUGAAGUUCCCUGUGGAGCACAUUUUUUGUCGUGUGUGUGUGUGCGCGUUAUGAGUGGAGUCUAGUAAAAAGGUAUGUUGGUUWCCCUGACAUCUGGACCUUUUCUKGAAUAUCAUAAUGUUUGUAUUUUUGAGAUGGACUCUCUGUGCCCAGGUUUGACACAACUGUUGCAGAUGAUCUAAUUGUGGCUGUAGCCCCUCUUGUGGGGGACAGCGGCACCAGAUCAUCUGCAUACAGGAGCCAUUUUAUUUCUGUGUCAUUACGAGUGAGAUCGGGGGCUGUUGAUCGCUCAAGCUUUUUGAUUUAACAUGUUUAUCAUUUAGGGUAUGCAAGGUAUAAAUAUGGUUUGAUCAUUUGGUAGGAAUCCAAUUUGACUUUUGCUCAGGACAUUACUGCACUUUCUCAGUGACCACAAUCUGCUGUUCAUGAUGGCGUCUCUCGAUCCGGCUCUCGUCUCUCUCAUCAAAUUGUAUUUGUCACAUGCGCUGAAUACAACAGGUAUAGAUGGACCUUACGUGAAAUGCUUACUUUCAAGCCCUUAACCAACAAUGCAGUUCAAGAAUAGAGUGAAGAAAAUACGAUUACAUGACAAUAACAAGGCUAUAUACAGCGAGUACCGGUACCAAGUCAAUGUGCGGGGGUACAGGU